AUGACGAACUCUAAGGAUAUCGACGUUGUGGCUGUACCGGAUGCCUCAUCUUCUGACGAUGGCCACGCAUCCAAGGAGAUUGGGGACAUUGCAGUGACGGAGGUCAACACCGGCAUCGAAGUAAAAAAUACAUCCCGAUGGCGGAAAAUAGUUGGCUAUGUUUGGGACAGCGUUGAAGGAGAUCCAGAGUAUCGUCAAUAUGUGCAAAGAUUGGACCUGUUUUUCUUGCAACGCAUUUGUCAGUGCUUGGGCAUUAUGGUUGGUAGUGUGCCUGCAAUGAUGACACAAUUGAGUUUCAUUCGUCCUUCAAUUCUUCUGCCUUCUUGCGAACUGGUUUGGUCUGCAUUGGUUAUUGGUAUGGGUUUUGCGAAGGAUAUCAAGACUAUGUAUGCUCUACGAUUCUUCAUCGGUCUCUUCGAAGCUUGCGCCUUUCCAGGAUACGUUGCCAUGCUCGGUAGCUGGUACGGCCCCAAAGAGCUCACCAAACGAACGGCUAUCCUUCUCGAGAUUGAGUCAAUCGCCAGUAUGUUCAGCGGGUAUCUUCAGGCUGGAUUGUAUACAAGCAUGAAUGGACAUGCCGGUCUUGCCGGUUGGAGAUGGUUGUUCAUCAUGGACGGUAUCAUAUCGAUUCCGAUUGCUUUCUGGGGAUUCUUUGGAUUGCCCGAUACACCUCAUACUACGAGAGCAUUCUAUUGGUCUGCCGAGCACGUCCGGUACGGGAUCGAGAGAAUCGAAAAGUUCGGCCAAAAGGCACAAACAAAAUUGACCUGGAAGGAAGCCAAACGCAUCUACUUGGGGUGGGAAAUAUGGGCAUUCGUCGCCCCCUACACAAUGAUCGCUGCUUGCCACACUGCCACCAGCUACUUCAACCUUUGGCUGAAAGCCGUCGGAUAUAGUGUCGUUGAAGUCAAUUAUCUUCCCACCGGAGGAAACGCAGUGGCCAUCGUGGUCACUUUACUAUGGGGUAUUCUAGCUGAUCGCACAGGAAGAUAUUACUGGUUGAUUGUAGGCCUUGUUUUGGCGAUGAUGCUUUCUAACAUCUUGCUUUCGGUCUGGAACAUCCCCAAGGGAGCACUUAUGUUUGCCUACUACCUGUCGUAUGCUGGAUCUGCAACGACCCCUGUUCUUAUCGCGUGGGGAACUAAACUCAAUGCUAGCGACCCCAGCUUGAGAAAGUUAUUGGUCGCCACAGCAAAUGUUGUCUCUUACGCAUGGGUGCUUUGGGUGCCACUCGUGCUCUUCCCAACAUACGAUGCGCCAAAGUACAAAUACGGCUAUCAAAUACUGAUUUUGUUUGGUGGUCUGGCGAUUAUUUUCGUGAGCUCGAUGUGUCAAAAACAAACUCAAGAGGGAGGCCAAGGAGUUGAAGCCAAUCGAGAGGAAACUGUCGUUGAGGGAUAG